AUUCGACUGUUUUAUUUAGAAACAAAAUUAACUCAUGGCUACCACUCCCAAUAUUUACAACGUAAUAAAACCCCUACUAAUUUUUUCAAAAAUCUUUGGACUUUAUCCAAACAAAAUUGAAAUGUCUGAUACACAACAAAUUACAAGUUGUUCAUGGAGUAAUGGUUUGGAUGUUGUUUGGUCGGCCACAGUUAUGAUUUUUCUUACGUUCUAUGCCAUUUAUACAAUGAGAAUGGGAGACAAACCGACAACUAGUAGUGAGUUAAUUGCUAAAAUCGGUGAUGUAAUCUAUCUGACUGUCUCCCUAACUGAUGCUUUUUUGUUAUCACUUCUCAGUAUAACGAAACGCAGAAAGAUUGUUCUAUAUUUGCAAAAGUUUGAAAACUUUGAGAAGAAAAUGCAUCAACUGGAUUUACCUUUCGACACGGCUAACGAAUAUACAAAAGCAAAAAUCCGUGUUCUUUUUGCUAUAGCAACAGCAAUAUGUCUGAUCAUUUCUUAUGUUAUCAUUAACAUAAUUCUGUUUUUGGGGAGUGUGACUUUUGUAGAUAUUGGAGCUGAAAUUGUCACUUAUGUUUAUCCUUUAGUGACAAUGAUAACAAUGGUUAUGCAGUUUGGUACAUUGUGUUUGCUUGUUAAACAAAAAUUCAGAUGGAUUAAUAUAAAACUUGAACAAAUCCAGAAACAAUGGCAAGAAAAAAAUAACAGUACUUAUUCUUACAAAAUUAAAUUGGUUUCUCCAAUUCAGCCGACUAAAGCAAUAUCGUUGGAAAAAUUAAUUUAUUUUUUAGAACAGAUCAGACGAAGACAUUACGAAUUAUGCUCACUUACUGAAAAUUUAAACAAGAUUUUUAACUUCCAAAUCUUAUUCACUUGUCUCAACUUAUUCAUUACUAUGACUUUUACAGUAUAUUUCUAUUUUAUAAGUAACACAGAAGCUAAAGCUCGUAAUCCGGUCCUGUAUUCGACAUACUAUGCCUUGAAUGGUUUUAUAAAUGUUUUUGCUUUAUUUGGAUUAGUCUGGACCGCAUCUCAAACAAAAAAAGAAGCCAAAUAUACAAGUCAUAUCCUACACACAAUUUAUGCCAGGAACGAAGAAGUGGAAAACUCGAUAAUGCAUUUCUCGUUUCAACUUUUACAAAGUAACGUCGAAUUUUCAGGCUGUCGUGUAUUUGUUUUAGAUGAAACUUUAUUGUUUUCUGUAAUUGGCGCCAUUACCACGUAUUUGGUUAUUGUAAUUCAAUUUCAUUAUCAAAAUUAA